AUGGGACCUGCAGUGGAACUAUGGAAGGAAACAGAGAUGGGCAAAGCGAAAACGAAGUAUGAGAAGCUAAUGUUGAAGAUAACGUUAUGGGAAGACAAAAGAACGAAAAACGCUAAGAGAAAGCUUCAUAGAACAGAGGUGCCUCUUCCUUUUUUUAAACUUUCCAGGUUUCCAAAACUUGAUUCUUGCAUAAUUACAAGACUAAUCAAUGCGAUGAAUGUACAGAGAGGUGUAGAGAAGACAAAGUUGAAGGCGAUGCAGAGAUAUACUGAAGAUAACGAACGCAUUGAGAGCAUAGUUGCGAGUGCAAGAACACAUGCUUAUGAGAGUCAGAUGAAGGAAGAAUUAAAGGUUAAGGAGAAAGCAAACUUCAUGAGAAUAACUGGACGUAGUCCAUCUACAUGCCUCUGA